AUGUACUUUUCUGUACGCAGUUACUGGCGCGGUUUUUUUGCAGCCUGCUGUGGUGCAAUAACGACUCGACUUUUGAGAGGAUUUGUUGCUCAGACCGAAGUUACCGUCAAUGCAUUCUUUCAAACGAGCUUUGCACCUGAUGCUUUCGUCGUCAAUGAACUCCCUCUAUUUGUGGUUCUUGGAAUACUUUGUGGUAUUUUGGGAGCUAUGUACAUAUCACUCUAUCGAACCAUUGUAUUGUUUCUGCGAAACAACAAGUACGCCAAGGAGGUAUUCCAACAACACUGGAUUGUUUAUCCUAUUUUCGUGCCGCUUUUAUUUAGCACUAUUUCGUUUCCCCUUGGGCUGGGAAAAUUUUCUACAGGA